GAAAUGUAGUCUGCCUGUCUACGUAAACAACUGCACAGACAAGUCAUUGGCCCACAUAACUUUUAAUUGCUCAUGGUUAAAAGAUAAGAUCGAAGAUGUUCAAGAAACUUAAGGACAAGCUGACAGAGGAAGUGAAGAUUCCCUCGCAGAAAUUCACGCAGUCUAUGCAGCAGCUGGCUCAGGCUGUGGUCUCUCCUGUAAGCAGCAACAAUGCCACAUUUGACACUGCAUCAAAUGACAACUUCAGUAUUGAUGGCGAGUUUGACGACACACCAGAAGGUACCCCUGUGAAGAAAGGGCCUUCAGAAGGUGGGGUGGCUUACAGGGGUGGACAGGCUACCCCUCUGGGAAAUUCGUUUGACACUGGCUCUGGUGCUGGGUUCAUGCGUGUGGAUCUACAACAAGAUAGUAGCACACCGAAAAUGCCCUUUGGUGAUACAUUAGGACGACUGCGCUCGUCAUCUGUCAGCUCAUUCGCAUCUGAUUCUUCCUUCAUGUUUCCAGUUCUGGAAUCUUCCGGUUCAACAUACAAUUUUCAGUCAGAUUUGGAGUCUUGCAGUGAGGCAUCAGAAUCAGUUGGGCCAAAUGUUAAUAAGGAGCAGCUUGUUGUUGCUUACCAAAAAAUACAACAGAAGUACCACAAGUACAAAGGUCGGUAUGCCGACUUGGCUCGCCAUUACAGAGACCUAGAACGUGAUAACAAAAAUGCCAAGCACAUACUUACUGAAAGUCAGGAUAAAGCCUUACGCAGGAUGGCUGAGUUGAAAGAGCAGUGCAACUUGGAGAAGCAAGCUAAAGCACACUUGGAGGAGGCAUUGAGGUCUGAUUUGGAAGAGAAAGAUCAUCUGAUAGAUACUUUAAAAACCAAGUAUUGUGAUGCCGAAUUGCAGAUCAAGCUGUUGCGAAGCCAAGCAGAGCAGACACUGACACAAACUGAAGCGCAAGCAGAGGCAAAUUCGUCACUCUCUGUCACUGAUGAAGGCGAACCAACUGCAGCCAAACCAUCGGGGCAGGAGGAUCUUCUGACUGGUGGAGACAGCACCUCUGCAGUCUCCUCCACUGCAGUACUUCUUACUCCUGAACCUGCAAACAAUGCGGACACUGAGAAUGUUGCUUUGAAAGAGAAACUCAAGAAAUUGGAAUCUUUACUUCAUAAGUGCAAAGAAGAUAUAACAAACAAACGAGAGAGUAUCAAGCAACUGGAAGCAGACAAGAACACUGCUAAUGCUAAAAUUGAGGCCAUACAACAACAGCUUGUUGCCAUUCAGAAAAGAGAAGAAGAGGCCUCUUUAUCAUUGGCUAAAAACAAGCAAACAAUUCACCUAGAAUUAGAGUCCAAGGAAGAUGAAAUAAAGAAGCUCAAAGUACAGUUGACAGCAACCAAUAAUAAAGUUUCCAAACUUCAAAGUGAAUUAUUAAAGUUCCAAGAGGACUCCAAAAAGGAAUUGUCUUUAGCUAAAGAAGAGGCCAGGAAACCUUUAAAAGCAGAAUUAGAAGAAGUCAUCGCUCAAAGUAAGAACCUUCAAGAGCAUCUUUCUUCUAAAGAGACUGAGUGUAAAGUAUAUGAAGACAGAAUGUUAGAUGCAAUCAAGAGACUGGAAGAAAAUGAGGCUCAACUGAGUCCUUUACUGAAGGCCAAAGAAGACUUGGAACUGAAGUUUGAACAAAAUACAACAUUGUUACAGGAAGAAGUGUCUCAACUUCAAAACAGUCUUCAAACUUUGGCAGGUAAAGAAUGCAAGAUUGAACAGCUAAAACCAAUUUUGGACUCAGUUCAGAAACUGCAUGGACUCCAUAAACUGUUGAAAGAUGAUGUCAGUAACAUACAAAGUGAAAAUAUAGCUAUGCUGGACCAACACAAGCAACUUAUCCAAGAGAAAAUAUCAACAACUAUGUCAAACUUGACACAAGAAUAUAACAAAGUUUCUUCAGAACUGGAUGUUUACAAGACUGAAUCCGAGAAUGCCAGAGAGUCUCUUGCUUCUGUGAGCAACAAAUUUGUGCUUUUAGAACAGACACUAUCGACAGAAAAAAGUGGUGUGGAAUCAAAAAUGACUGUUUUAGAGAAAGAGUUAAAGAAAGCAGAGGAGAAAAUUGCUGAUCUAGAGGCAAGUUUGAAAUCUGAGAGGUCCUCUAGCAAAUCGAACCAGGAGGAGUCCUCAAAGAAAUUGGUUGUUCUUGAAAAUGAACUUAGUGAAGAAAGAAGCAAAGUCAACAGUUUAAAGGAGCAUUUUAAGGCUGCUGAACUCUCAUUAAAAUCAGCAGUUGAUGAGUUGAACUCUAAACUGAAGAAUUUGGAGCAAGAAAAAGCCCGGCUGAAGCAAGACUAUAUCAAUCAAAAGGAAAAAUAUGAUUCUGCUUUAAGUAGUUCAGAUCAAUUGCAGCAGCAAUUAGAAAUGCUCACCCAACGAAAUGGUGAAUCAAUAAAUGAAAUGACAAGCUUAACUAGGAUUCUGGAUGAAAAGACUGCUCUUAUCGAUAAACUUGAAGGCACUGUUUCGGAACUGGAACUAAGCCUACACUGUGCAGUAAGUGAGAAGGUUGAGUUGGAAGAUAAAUGGACUAUGCAAGAAUCUAUACUGGCUGCUCAAAUUGAAGCAAUGGAGAAAAAAUCCCAAGAAGUAAAAGACCUUAUCCAAGACAUGAGAGAAAAGGAAAUAUCUGUAUCUAGUAAAGAAAGUAGCAAAGUUACAAAACUAGAAAUGGAAAUUAGAGAAAAAGAACAGCACAUGGAAAACCUUCAAAACAAAUUACAGUGUUUUGAAACAGAUAUAGAAAACUUAUCCAGCAGAAAUUCUGAGCUGCAGGAGAAACUUGGGACUUUUGACAAAAAGUGCCAAGAACAAACAUCUCUUAUUUCUACAUUGCAGGAUGAAAAUGGCAAAUUAACGCAGUCUAUAGAACAACUGCAAUCUGAUGUCAAGGCUAAGUCUGACCUCAUUACAGAUCUGGAAAAGAACUGUGCUGAACUUAAAAACACUGUUGCUUUGGGAUCCGAGCAGUCAGCUCUCAUUGAAAAAUUGCAGGGAGAGGUGAACCUUUCAAAGGAGGAAUGCCAAGUUUUGAGAGUGAAGAGUGAAGAAGCUGUUCAAGUUAGCUCCAAACUCAAAGAACAACUGCAGUCAAAAUCUGAAGAGAGUGCUAACCUAACACAUGAAGUACAGAGGCUCAAUCUUGCACAUUCUGAUGUAAUGAAAAUGCUGCAACAAAAAUCAGAUGACAUCUCAAGCAUGGCUGAUAAGAUCAAUAAGUAUGAUGAGUUGAAAUUAAAACUAGAUUCUAUUGAAAGGAAGCAAAUGGAUGAUGCUGAUGAAUUGACCAGCCAAAGCAAAGAAUGCACGAAACUGAAAGAAAUUAUUGAAGGCCUUCAAAAGGAGAAAAUAAAGAUCAUGGAAGCAUUGGAGGAAAAAGAAAAUAAGAUACAAAAUAUUACUUCACAGUUGGAAUCUAUGAAAAAAGAAUACAAUGACCAAUCCAAAAUCGUGCACGAUAAAAUUGAAGAGUGCACCGCGUUGGAGACAAAGUUGACAAGUUUAGCCUCCGACAAGGAAAGAUUAGUCGAGUUGCUGAGACAAAAGACAAUUGAAUGUGAGGACAAAGAAGACAAACUUGACAACCUAGCUGAAGAAAUGAAGAGGGUUGAGGAACUAAGUCAGGAACUACACCGAAUUAAUGAUGACAGGGAUGCUAAUGUAGAGGUGCUGAGCACAGAGGCAUCAAGCCUAGCUGAGAAAGUUGAAGAGCUCACAAUCACUACGCAAGAAUUGAAAGAGCGUGAAGUUGACCUCCUAGGCAAGCUCCAAGUUGCUCAAAACCUAGAGGCGGAGUACCUUUCUACUAAACAACGAGAGGAAUUGCUUUUAUCAAAACUGAAUGAAGCCAAAACUUUUGAGGAGGAACUCAAGGCCAAGGAGGAGGAGCUCCUUGUCAAGUCAAACAAGAUCAAUGAACUUGAAGAGGAAAACCAAAGGUUGAAGGAAGCUGGACAAAAUCUCACACAGUUAAUUGAUCGUGCCAAAGAGGCAGAAGCAAAGUGCACUCAACUUCAGGAUGAUGGCGCUGGUCUUCUUCUCCGUAUUCAAAAAGCAGAAGAGUCUGAAAUUCGGUGUUCCCUGCUGGAAGAAGAGUUGGAUGCUUUGAAGAAGGAAAAGACCGAGUUAUCUCUUGAAGUAGAAGCGUUACAUGCCAAAGCAGUUCACCAAGAAAAUACAUCAGCUGACAAAAACUCUCUUGUCUCUAAAGAACCUGUCGUUGAAGAACCUUGUGUUGUCAAACAUUACGCAGAGCUUACUGAAAGUGAACAAAGUUCAGUUGCUAAUGAAUGGCAAGAAAAGUAUAACCAGCUUUUGGAGCAACACAAUGCAGCCAUGCAGGAAAACUCAGAUAUUAUCGAGAGAUUAACAGAAGAGAACUUGAUGGCGACCUCAGGCAGAGCUUUCAAACAAAAAGAACGUUUAUGGGACCGCCAGGACCCUGUAACUGAUGGGAGCAGUAAUGGUUCAUUGAGCUUAGUUGAGAAGCUGCAACAACAGCUUGCUGUUGCAUCAAAUCAACUGAAGGAAACUAAAAAGCUGCACCGGCAAGAGGUUGAUGACCUUCGAAGAAUACUUUUGAAUCAUGGUUCAAGCAGUAACCAUGUAAGUUCCAGAUCAGAUAAUCUUGAAGACGCAACAGAACUUGAAUACUUGCGAAAUAUUUUGUAUGAGUAUAUGAUGGGAAAAGAGCCUAUGAUUCUGGCAAGAGUCAUAGCUGCAGUUGUGAAAUUCGACUCUGAUCAGACUAGUAAGGUUCUGCAAAAGGAGCAACAAAGAUUAUCCUUGCUUGGGCAUCUGGGAAUAUCAUGAUUAAAUAUGUGAUUUAGAUUAAUGUUUUAUAAAUAUACAUUUCAUAGAAGAUUCAUAGAAGAUGACUUAACUCUUCUUUGACUGACUUUGCAGUUGAUGAUGUAACUUACUAUUCUAUGCUGUUAAUCAAACCUUUAUACAGGUUACAUUUUUAUGGCUCACUUGAGUUCAUGUGUGCUAAAUUGUGUUAAGAAAAAUAUACUUAGCUCUUAUACUUUCUCUAAUCAUGUUAUAAUAUCUGCCAAGAGUUAAGCUGUGCUUGGAUGUACUACUGUCUUGAUGACAGAAACACAUUAAUCAAUUUGUCCAUUGAGUCCCUCCAUGAAACAAAGGGCGUUAAGCUUUAGUUUAAAAUGAGCAACCUGGUCUGUGUGACACAGUAUAGUGCCGUUCCACAACAUAGCAGAAAGCUAUGCUCUACUUGUGUUGAACUCUAAUGGUCAUUGGUUUCCAUGUCAAAAUAAUUUUGUGACAGUCUCACGAGCACCAUUCACAACCUUAGAAAACUGUGGGCAACAGUUUUAAGAGGUCUAUGAUGGAGCUUCCUGCUUUAUUAGGACAUGGCACCAGGCUAUGCCACAGAGGCCAAGUUUGUCAUGAACUACACUAUGUUAUGGCUAGUGGUGUUCUUAAUUUUAUGAUACAUCUUUAAUGACGUACAGUGAUAUUAUUUAUUUUGUGUCUGGUUAUGAUAUUUAGUCAAGCAAUGCUAAACAAUGUAGUACAUUCCUUCAUGGGGACCCAUCUAGUCGUGUAAUUUAGCAACCUUCUUCUGUUAUGACUUGAUCCUAAUUAUUUAAUUUUUAGUUGUUGAUGUUUGGAAGCUUUAUUGAGUCGAGUUUAUUCACAUGUUCUCGAUUUUAUAUUAUUUUAUUAUCUUAAGCUCUUGUUAACCCAAAUACUGACUUGUCACAAAAUGUAAUAUAGCUUAAAAAUAUAUUUUGUGUGCUAUUGGUCAAUUGAUGCAAAAACUGGACAGCUGGGUUGUUUCUAACUUUGUUUUUGCUUGUUUAGUAUGCCUCCUUAUCCCAAGUUAUUCUGUUUUGCUAUUGUACUGUUACCAGACUCUCAUGUCCAAUUGAACUGAACUGCUUAGUGGCUUCGUAGGACUUCCAUUACCCUUCCAUUAAGUAUGAAUAUAUUUUAAACUAUUGCUCUAAAUGUGGGACCACAAACUGUACUAAGAUGACACUUUUAUUGGUCUGUGUUUUAUCUUGGUCCUGAUCCUAUAAGUCCACAUUGUGCUUGCUUCCAAUUCUACUUGGUUUUAUCCUAGCCUCCUUUUUGUGGUGUGCCAUGCCUAAAAAGUGCUUUUGUUUCUGUAAUUAUUCAUUUCUAUUCAACAUAUCGAGACAGGGGCGUUCUAAAGAAUGCAGAGUUUUGUUUUCAAAUUCAAUUAUUUUUUCAAUUCAUACUACUGUACUCAUAUUAACAAAAUUGUUCAUUGUUUAGACUUUGAAAUGUUGAGAACAGUGCGUGCAUGAGGGUAGAAGGCGCCUGUCACUGUCCAUCCCGCAUUUGACAUUGUUUUCUAUUAUAGAGGUAGAGGAGUGUAAUUAAAGAUGAAAUGUGGGUAGAGAAUCUAUUAUAUUCUAAUAUCCGGCAAACAAUGUAUAAUCAGGUCGAGAAAUAAAAAAUAUUUUUCAAAAAA